GCCGGGUCCACACCGGACGAUCCAUCGCGCUCCGAUCGCGCGCGGCAGCAGCGCGAUCCAAAGAUGCAGGCGGUGUGGACGUGCCGCGCGCGAUCCAUGCGCACGUAUUGGAGCGCGCGCUCCCUACCUCGCGCGAUCCGUGUGCGGUCGGUUUUUGUGCCAGCCUCAAAGGUGCCUCAGUUGCGUGAUGCGCGCGGUGUGGACGGUUGUGUUGGUUCGCGCGAUCCACCUCGCCAUGGACAUCUCAGAAAGUCGCCGUUUGAUAUCGCUUUAUAAAGAAUUUAAAUGUUUAUGGGAUCCCAAAGAUUCUAAUUACACCAAUAGAGGUGUUAGAGAUGAUGCUUGGUGUCAGAUUUCUCGUGAAAUGGGGAAUAAGUCGAUCGAGAACCUAAAGAAAAAAAUGCGAUCUCUGGCGGGAGGCUACAGAAGGGAGAAACACAGAGAGAAGCAAAGCCGUAUAACUGGAUCCGGUGCUCAAGAUACAUAUAAAUCAAAGUGGUUUGCGUAUGAUGACUUCGACUUUAUGGCGGAUAAAAAUGAACCCGGAACCACACGCGAUACAUUGGAACAUAUUGUGAGCUAUUAGUUUACUGAUAUUCAUUUUGCCAAACUAUUGUAUGGUUUGUAACAAAGUGUCUUGCUAAGUGGGACCGUAUUGUAGUGGCAUUUUCUGUUGCUCUUCUUGGUACGACGGCCAUCGGUUGUAGCGAUUGUGAUGGCGGUUCAUUUCGCCAGCUUCCAGGUAUUACAUCUCCAUUCUCCUGUACUGUAUCAAACGUUCCUGGCGAUAUAAAGUUAGGAUUACUGCGUAAGUAGUUAUAUAAAUGAACCGUUGCCAGCACGACUUUAGUCGCAGUUUCUGGUUCCAAAAGCAUAGGUUUACGCAGGACUCUGUAGACAGAA